CAGUAGCUUUUGCAGGGCCAGGUCCAAAGGCCAAGUGCAAAUCCUGGACAUGGACUGGACAUGGACAUGGAGGACCAGACGGAGAAGUAACGGCGCGUCAGGACUCAGUGCGGCGGCUUUUGGCCCAUUCCCACGCAUUCUUAUACGCACUAGAUAGAUCACCUCAGCCAUGCCAGUCACAUACCACCUGGACAAGAUAGCAUACCUCAAGCUGGUCUUGCACGCCACAAAGUACGCCGUCAGCGGCGUCACUGGCGUCUUGAUAGGCACGAAGGCCGCCGACGACAACAUUGAGGUCACCGACGCUAUCCCGCUGUUCCAUUCCCAUCCACUCGCACCGACGCUGGAGGUUGCUUUGCAGCAGAUACAAAUACAUUGCAACCAACUGUCCUUAGCGGUCGUCGGGUUUUACUGUGCGAAUCAACUCGAAAGCGAUAAGGAGGUGUCGCCCGUAGUGGCCAAGAUAGCAACGAAGAUUGAUGACAAUCUGGGAGGAGGAGCGCUGUUGUUAGUGUGGGAUUCUGCAAAGUUCAGGAGCGAGAAGUCUUUUGCCGUAACGCCUCGCACACUGACCAGCGGAGGUUCAUGGACACUACUGCAAUCCAACUACCUCCUACCCGCAACACCAUCGAUCGACGUGUCCCCCUUUAUCAAACAGCGGCUAUACGAACACAUCGCGGAUUUCGACAACCAUUUGGAUGACACAAAGUUGGAUUGGUUGAGGAACGAGAAGGUUGUUGAGAUUGCUGGUCGGUAGAAUGGAUGUGUCUGGGUGUAAAAGGCGACUAGAACAGAGUUAGUGAAGUCAUCAUUGCGCGAGAUCAUUCGAUGUGUUGGAGUUGGGCGAGUGAGCCGACGCAGUCUGCAUUACCUGCCGGGCCCGAGCGAUCACUUCAGCUCCGUUGAGCACACGGGCGACCUUGUGAACGGAACCUUACGCACCUUCAUUCCGCAAUGUAGACCGAACCCCUCCAUACUCCUUUCCACUCUCGCGCUGGUCAGAACGGGGAGAAACAGGACUAAAGAAGUGAUAAGGUAGAACUCGGAAAACCCCUGUCCUCGGACUGAAUCGGGGAACCAGGUGUCUUUCAUCCAGGCGAAUUGGGCCAAUGAUAUAUUUCACAGGACAUUGCCAGAUCCUCCCAA